AUGGACGCGGACAACUCAAAUGGGAAUUUCAAGCGGAGUUCAAUGCAACAGGCAUUGCCUCAACGCCCACCCAUGGAGCGCAACCCGAGCAAGAAGUCUUCCAGGGACCGCCACGCCGCGAUGUACCCAGAUACGUUUCGAGACACCGGUAUUCGAACGGUGACCCCAGAGUCGCAUUCUCCUAUAUCCGAUACCGAUUAUCUUAAUUACCAUAGUGCGCCAUCCCCUCGGACUACCAUGCGAUCCCGAACUGUCGAGCGACGCGAGGAAGAUACACAAGAUAUGAACCCGAGGCGCACCCGAUCUCGAACAGCGACAAUGGAUGAGAACCGGAAAGAGCCCAAACCCCAGAAGAGUCGGACUCGGAUCAAUUCACUUCAUGCGUCAAGUUCUACAAAGCUCAAGGCCGUGGAGGCUGAUGAGAACGAUUCAAACUCGAUAGGGUUCCCUUCCAUUCAACCGCCCAACUAUAUCGGCCAAGCCAUCUCCAGGAACGGCCGAGCUAGCACAGUCGCCCACAGCCAAGAAGCAUUUGCGUCUCCCAUCUCAAACACCGACGCGGCGAAAAUUUUGCAAUUGAUGAAAACUACAUGUGGACGGAUGCAUGGAAUUCUGUCAUUCAAAGAUGCAUCUAACUCUACCUGGUCUUCGAAUUCGUGGAUAUCUGGAUACUGCGCUAUCAAUGUUGCUACUGGAAGUUUGAUAUACCAAGCAAAGGGGGAACCUGCCUUGGCAAAGACGUUGAUUCCCGAUCUUCGUGGCUGUCGUGUCCGAUCGCUGUUCGACCCGGAGCUACAAACUACCUACCUCAGUGUCCACACAUCUACAUCCGGUCUUGGAAUCCAAUUACGCCCUCACGUGAACGAAACGUUCGAUUCUUGGCUUGCAGCUCUACUCUGUUGGCAGCCAAUCCGCCCUAAAGGCGUCCAGAACAAGAUGACCAAGCCUCAGUCUGUCCUCAUUGGCGAUAAGAGGAUACCCGAGCCGCGGCGGAAUUCGGAGACUGCUUCGCAAAAUGAAGCAGCAGGGAGCGCUGCGGCGAUCAUCAAAGUAGGCAAAAUGCUUCUGUGGGACAAACCAUCCGCCGCCGGUGUCCGACCUACUUCAGCUCGCCGGGUUUCUACAUAUCGGCAAUCCAGAGCUCUUUCCUCCAACUGGCAGCACGUUAGCUGUACCUUACAGGAGAAUGGGUGGUUUAAACUUUACACAGAGAAUGAACCUUCUCUGGUCGCAUUCAUUCAACUUUCCCAGUUAUCCCGCUGUGCCGUUCAACAACUCGACUCCUCGGUUCUUGACGACGAAUUCUGCAUCGCGAUCUAUCCGCAGUAUACAGCUCAUCCUGUUCCUGACGCAGUGAUGCGUCCAAUCUACCUCGCUCUAGAAACUCGUAUCCUCUUCGAGGCUUGGUUCGUUCUUCUACGCGCGUUCACUAUCCCCGAGCUUUACGGACCCAAGGCAUCUGGAAACGGGGCCGAAGAAGAUGAUCCCAACAAAACACCCGAAGCGGGAGCGUCUUCUUCAUCGGCGUCUUCGAGUGGCAUGUUUCGUUUUGAGAGGAUCCUUCACUUGAGAAUAACGGAAGCAAAACUCUUCCGUACAAAAGAUGAGGAGACACCACGAAGCCGUAAGACGUCUCGGUCUCAUGCAAAUCCCGCUCCCUCUCCGCCCAAAGCCAGCGAUUACUACACGGAAGUUCUCUUGGACGGGGAAAUUCGUGCUAAGACGGCUGUGAAAUACCGUACUACCAAUCCCUUCUGGCGGGAAGAAUUCACUUUCAAUGAUCUGCCGCCGGUCCUCUCGCAAGCCUCCAUUUUGAUCAAAAACCUCAACCCAGCCCAAAGAGAUUGGACGCUCAUCGCGCAUGGAAAUUACUCUGGUCAGGGGGUUAAUGCUGUAAACAUGUUAGACGAAAUCGAAGUGUCCACCAAUGACUCUAUUAUCGGGAGAGUGGAUUUGCGCUUGGAUGAGUUGGACCCUGGCGUGGGACUGGAAAAGUGGUGGCCCAUCCUGGAUGAUCAUGACCAGCCGAUAGGAGAAAUGUUCAUGAAGGCUCACUUGGAAGAAACAGUAGUCCUCAUGUCUGAACAAUAUGAGCCUCUGAAGCAACUCCUGCACAAUUUCACUAACGGCUUGACUGUCAACAUGGCCCAAGUCAUGUCUUCUGAGUUGACCCAAUUGUCUGAGAUGCUGCUUAACAUCUUCCAGGUUUCUGGCUCUACCGUGGACUGGAUUUCAGCUCUCGUCGAGGAUGAGAUUGACGGGGUCCACAGGAGAGACUACUGCCAACCACCUACGCUAUACGACGAGGAUUCAACGCAAUGA